AUGGGGGCACCCAGCCAGUUAAGCAUCACCAUUAGCAAGAAAAAGGAGAAUCUUUUGAAAGAAAGGGAGAUACUCAUUGGCGAGAUGGAGAUUAUGCGACAACGCAUGAAAAAUAUGUCCUGUUACGCAGAGGAGCUUGAGCAAAAAAGUAACGAGGUCAAUCAACAAAUGACAGAGAUGCAGGAAAUCAUUAGCAUGCAAUUGAAUGAAAUCUCGCGAGAAAAAGGUGUUCGAGAGAAAUUUGAAAUGGAGGUGCGACAACUUCAGGAAGAAAUUAUUAUAAAGAAAAACGAACUGGAGAUAUACAGGGUGUUCGAAAAGAAUGGUAUUUUCCUAGGAUCUCCAAAAGCACUUUCAAGGAAAAUGACCCUAAUAAAAGUUGCAGAAAUCAUGAAGAUAUAUCUUUUGAUGAUCUUGAACUUAACCUUGAAUAAUGGUUUGAAGGUCACAUAA